CAAAACAACUACCCUCCUCCCCUCCAGGCCUCCACUCUUUUUCUUUAUUUUCAUUCAUCAGAAUCACCCAAGUAAGUAUACGUAGUAGCUAGGCUAGAGCAAUGAGAAGAGAAAUCCUAGAUUAUUUUCUGGUCCCGUCUGGGCUUUGUCUAAUGGUGGCAUACCACAUCUGGCUCCUGUAUCGGAUCAUAAGACACCCCACAAAGACAGUUAUUGGCAUCAAUGCGAUCAAUAGGCGCAUUUGGGUUCAGACCAUGAUGGAGGAUAGCCCCAAGAACGGUGUUCUGGCGGUGCAAACACUAAGAAACAACAUAAUGGCAUCAACUCUGUUGGCAACGACGGCAAUCAUGCUUAGCUCAUUCAUCGCGGUGCUGAUGAGCAACAGCAACAACGCCCAGCCAUCCAUUAAGCUGGUGUACGGCGACAAGAGUGAGCUGGAAUUCUCCAUCAAGCUCUUCUCCAUCUUGGUCUGCUUCUUGUUGGCUUUCCUCUUGAACGUGCAGUCCAUCCGAUACUAUAGCCACGCGAGUAUCCUCGUCAAUGUGCCCGUCAGAAAGAUGUCGUCGUCCCAUUUAAUGGCGGAAUACGUGGGCAGGGCUCUGAACAGGGGGAGCUAUUUCUGGUCUCUUGGCCUGCGUGCUUUCUACUUGUCAUUCCCUCUGUUUAUGUGGAUCUUUGGACCCAUACCCAUGUUCUUAUGUUGCCUUGUUCUGGUUUUCAUGUUUUACUUUCUCGAUAUCACCUUUGAAUUUGGUUGGGCAACCGGGGGUGGAGCCACUGCUGAGUACAAGGACGAGGAACAAGGAAAGCUGUAAUUAUUAUUAUUCAUAAUUAUUAAUUUCACAUGCAGCUAGCUCUCAUAGUCUCAUGGGAUA